CUCCCAGUCACUGACGUCAGACCGGCUCUCUUGUGGAUGAGUCCGCGCGCAAGAGCAUCCAUUCUUCCUCCCAUAGGCGCUCCGGAGAGAUUGAAGAAAAAGAGAUGCAAGAGACGCCAAGUGAGAGUUUGGUGCAACUUUGAUGAAGACAGGAGCACGGAGCGCUGUCACACACAGGGACUGUCCUCCUUAUUUAAACUGGUAGGCUACCGAGCAUCACUGCGGACAGCAUCACCACAUCUCCAUCAUUUGGCUUAGAUCGUAUAAGAGGAGAGAAGAAAUCGGUUUAACUCUCGCAAAGGAAUCACGAAAUCGCGUUAAUAAGGUUGGGUUUGUGUGACUGCUGAAAAGCCAUGACCCUGAACGCCUCUGACCUGGGCUGGGAUGAGUCCUCAGGUGCAGACCCCUUCUUCCCUCUGGAUCGACUGGAUAGCUCACCUACGUAUGAAGUCCCGCCCCUCACAGUGUGGGGUGUGGCCCUGUGUGUUUCAGGAACUCUCAUUGCCACUGAAAAUGCAAUAGUUGUCACCACCAUCCUGGCCACCCCGUCUCUUCGUGCCCCUGUUUUUCUGCUGCUGGCUAGCCUCGGAUUGGCCGAUCUCCUGGCAGGUGUUGCUUUGAUCUUGCACUUCCUCUUCCUGUUCUGCGUUGAGCCAAGUGAUUGGUCAGAAUUGCUGACCUCAGGACUGCUGGUGACAUCACUGAUUGCCUCGCUCUGUAGCCUGAUGGGUGUUGCUUUGGACCGAUACUUGUCUUUAAGCCACGCCCUCACCUAUGGUUCAAGCGAAUCACGUUACAGAGCCGCCAUCCUCCUGCUGCUGGUCUGGUUGGGUGCGUGUGUCAUUGGGGCGGGACCUGCAAUGGGAUGGCACUGUCUGGGAGAGCCAAACUCCUGUUCUGUAGCACGCCCUCUGACCCGGACAUACCUAUCGCUGCUGUGUGGUGGCUUCCUGGUGGUUGUCAUGGUAACCCUGCAAUUGUACGCUGGGAUCUGCCGUGUGGCGAGGCGGCAUGCCCACGCCAUCGCUACCCAGAGGCACUUCCUCUCUACCAACCAAUCAUAUGCAAGCAAACACAGCAGUGGAAGGGGCUUUUCUCGGUUGAUCCUGGUCCUCAGUGUGUUUGUGGGCUGCUGGAUGCCUUUCUCCCUCUGGGGGCUGCUAGGAGACGCGUCCAGCCCUCCUCUGUACACCUACGCCACCUUGGUGCCAGCAGCAGGCAGCUCACUGCUGAACCCAAUACUCUACAGUCUGAGAAACAAAGACAUUCGCAAGGUGCUGCUCCAGGCCUGCUGCCCGCACAGAUGCGCACACAACGCACACAUACACUACCCUGUUGAUGUGUAGACUGCCAAACCUCACCAGACUCAAACCACCACACAAUCUAUGCCAGACAUAUCACUGUUUGUGUGCCAAUACACACAUAGCUGCAUUGACUAUCAUCCAGAUCCAGAACAUGAAGUCUCUCGAACGCCCACACACGCAAGAAGCACUUCUCCAAGAGAUGAAGUCCCUCUGCAAAUCAGAAUGUUCCUGGACUGUCCUGGCUGGCGGCCAUUUUGGGAGUACUAACUAAACGUACUGUCUUGUGUGUUCUUUGUGCCUCAUCGUCAGUCAAUUGUAGCUCCACUGGAUCCCCAGACUAAAACAAUCACAGGGGUGCCAUUUAUGCCACUCAUAGAAAGUGGAUUUAAUCACCAUUGGCACUUUAAGGUGAGAGGAAUGGAUGGGGUUUAAAUGUAAGCCUGUCACAGUGUAAUGUGAUCCAAAGUCCUAACAUUAUUAACUUGAUUGUCUAGAAAACACAAUGUUCUAGAUCUUUGAGAUUCUAUUUUGCACAUGCUGUUACAGGCACUUUGAAAGGUACUGACCAUAUGUUCGUGUUGCACAGCCUUUUUUGAAAUGAAUGAAUAUUUUAUACCGAUGAAUAAUAAAUAUACUUUUUUUCAACCGGGCGAGGUCAGCACUCUUCUCUUUACUGCUGCUGAGGCUUUCAGUGUUUGUCUCCCUCUAUCUCUCACUCUACCUCAAUUAGGCACAAAAUGCUGCUCUCUAUUCCUGUAUCCUGUAUCUAAACUAAAGCAAUCUCCAACAUAAUCACUCUGCAAACCCACUGUGUCCUUUUAAACACUACAAAGCAGCCUUGGUAUUAGGAUAGUGAUUAUGCAAGAGGUUUUGCUCUCCUCCUACUCAUUUUCUGAACUUCAAUACAAUUGAUUCAUGUUCUCACCCCCUACACAAGUCGGAACUGGGCACUGUGAAAAGGUGUCCACCACUGAUAUGAAGAAGAUGAGUCAGGGAUAAAAGCAUGAGGAGCCUUAUGCCAAGGCUUGACACUUGGGAACAUGUUGUUCAACACAUAGCAUACACACUAUUCAUUCUCACAAAAAAAAAUAAAUCUAAACAAUCACUGUAAUUCACUCUCUUUAUUAAAAUAACUAUAAUAAUUUGGAAAUUAAAGGCAGGAGAAGCUUUGGCAAAGCAUGCUAUGUGAUUGUGCUUUAACACAGGCACAUUUAAAAUAAAGGCACUUGAGAAAUAUGUGGUCCACACUUAACAUCAGUCAGUUCUAAUGUACAUUUGACUCAACGGCAGCUGAUAAGAUUUUUAGAAAAAGCUGAUCAGUGACAAGUGUGGAUAACCAAAAUAAACCUGCACUGACACUGAAAUGCAGUAUAAAAAGGCACUUAUUCUACAUAGCAUAGUGAUUAAAGCAACAGAGCCUAGUUGAUCCCCAGAAA